CAAUGCAACCGUGUAAACUAGUUAAACAUUGAAGUCGAAUUGUGGGCAACUUGGUGGUUGACUGAAGAUCAAAAUUGCCAAAAUUAUUCACUUUAAUAAAAGUAUGGUGCGCGGAGCACUAAGAGGCGGCAGGCCCAUGCGUGGUGGCAUUCGGCCACCGUUCAAGAAGACGUUUGUCCCGCGGCAUCCAUUCGAUUUAACUUUGGCGGAAGUUGUUUUUCCAAAGGUUUCGCCGGCUGUGGAUGAUUCUGCGUUGACUGCGGCUCUAUUAAAACGCAACCAAGACCUUAGUCCUACUCCUGCCGAACAGACUUCAAUUGGCAAUUUGGUUACCAAGGUGCAAGUUGUAUUGGAUAACUUGGUCGUUGCUCCGGGCGAUUUCAAUACCUGCCAAUUGGAAGAGGUGCGCCAGGUGGGAUCUUUCAAGAAGGGCACCAUUCUCACUGGCAACAAUGUGGCCGAUGUGGUUGUCAUUCUUAAAACUUUUCCCACCAAAGAAGCUUGCGAGGCACUGGCCAAGAAGGUGGAGGCCGAUCUGAAAACUAGCAUGAAAACCGAAGUGUUGACCAAGGGGGAACAGCACACAAUACAAAUACAUGACAGAGGCUUCGAUGUAUCCAAUUUGCAAGCCAAGGUGCGCAUUCUGAUUGCCACCUUGCCACAGAAUUUGCGUAAACUGGAGCCAGAAAUACAUAUGGAUCAGAAGUAUAUGCAGAGCCAUUUAGCGGCCAUCCGGCAUACUCGCUGGUUCGAGGAGAAUGCUCAUCAUUCGUCAAUUAAAGUCCUCAUACGUAUUUUGAAGGAUCUGACCAAGCGGUUUGAUGCCUUCUCACCACUCUCCUCCUGGAUGCUGGAUCUGAUUGCCCAUCUGGCAAUUAUGAACAAUCCAUCACGCCAAGCAUUGCCCAUCAAUUUGGCGUUUCGUCGUGUGUUCCAACUGCUGUCGGCUGGACUUUUCCUACCCGGAUCAGCGGGUAUAACCGAUCCAACCGAACCGGGUCACAUUCGUGUCCACACAGCGAUGACGCUGGAGCAGCAGGAUAUUUGCUGUUACACAUCUCAGACGCUGCUUCGAGUUCUGGCACAUGGUGGAUACAAGCACAUCCUAGGAUUAGAAGGGAACACCAGCAUUGUGCGUGAGAUGUCGGUUUGGAAUGGAGUCGUUGUGUCGCCGCUAACACCCGUCUAUGAGAAACCGACCGACAAAAAGGAGGGCGAUAUCGAGGAAGACAUUGAGAUGAUUGAAAAUGAGAAUGAAGAUGGAGGCAGCGACGAUGCAGCCGAGUAAAAAAUGCAAUAAGACUUUCAUACAUUUUAUUAUUAACAAAAAUAAACUACGCUGGCUUAUGACGUCAGCACAUUCUCAA